AGGCGACGGGGUGGGGGGGCUGAGGCGCCAUCUUGUGGUAAAUCGCCCUGUGGUAAAAAAUCGCGGGCUUCGUCCUGUGAUUAAAAUCGCGGGCCGCGUCCUAUGGGAACAGCAAAUGAACUCAACUGACAUCUACAAGUUUUUAAAGUCUGUAGAUACCAGCUUCCAACAUUAGAGUGACUGGAAAAAGAAAAGAGGGCAGAGAAGCCAACUUUUAACAUGGACAAAAACUCAUAUAAGAAUGAGUCAUCUUCCUGUACUUUUCAUCAUCCUUCAGAAGCAUUGUUUUCUGUUCAACUACUGGAAUUUAAGACUAGUUUGUUAGAGGCACUGGAAGAACUGCGCAUGAGAAGGGAAGCUGAAAUUCAGUAUGAAGAACAAAUUAGUAAAUUUGUGGUAGAAAAGCAAGAGCUUCAGUGGCAAAAGGAAACUCUUCAGCAUCAGAAAGAAACAUUAGCCAAACAACACACAGAAGCCAUGGGAGUUUUCAAAAAGCAGUUGCAAGUAAAGAUGUGUGUCUUGGAAGAAGAAAAGGGAAAAUAUCAACUUGCUGCAGAAAUAAAAGACAAAGAAAUUGAAGGACUAAAAGAAACACUAAAACUAUUACAGAUUUCUAAAUAUUCUUUGCAGAAGAAAUUGAGUGAAUUGGAACAAAAGCUGCAGUUGCACCUUUUGGCUAAGGACGAUCAUCAUAAACAAUUGAGUGAAGUAGAGAAAUAUUAUACUACAAUUACCUAUCAAUUUGGAAUGGUAAAAGAGAGUCAUGAAAAAUUAGAACAAAAUGUCCAGGAGGCAAUACAGCUAAAUAAGAGACUGUCAGAAGUAAAUAAAACACAGGAGACUGAAAUACGUCAUUUAAAAGAGGAACUGAAGAAACUAACUACAAACUUGAUAAGGUCCAAGGUCAUAUGCCAGAACAGGGUGGGAGAAGAAAACGCCAAUCGUACCAUAAAGGAACAGCAGCUUCAAGAACUGCAACAGGAACUCCAAAUGGAAACACAAGUAAAUAAGAAAAUCAGUGAGGAGAGUGUCCGCAUUCAAAAUGAAAAACUGGUCAUCUUAAAUUCAUUACAACACUUGCAACAGUUACUUAAGCGCCAGACCCAGAUUAAUGUGAAGAUGGAAACAGAGCUGAAAGCACUAAAUGAAGAUAAACAGACCCUUGAAAGAGAUAAUGAGCUGCAAAGGAAGAAGGUAAAAGAAAAUGAAGAAAAAUACCUUAAUCUUCAGAAUGAGCACGAGAAAGCAGCACAAACUUGGAAAAGAGAUGAGAAAAACCUCCUUGAAGAAGUUGAUAGCCUUAAAAGGGAGUUGGUUUCAUUUAAGGAAGAGUAUAUUAAGUUACAAGAGUCUUAUGACAAAUUGAGUUGUGCAAAAAAUCGGCAUUUUGAGCAAGACAGAGCACAAGAGCUGAGCCCAAAGAAAUACAAGUGUUCUGAAACUAAUAUCCAGGAAAUAAUUUCAGGAAACACUAUGACUUUUUCUUCUACUAUGGAUCAAACAGAAGCACAACAAAAUAAUGGAAAUCUACAAGGAGAAGGAACAGUUAUUGAAGAUUUUCAAAUAGAAGAGGAGGAAAUUGAUAUUGCUCAACCUCAAGAAGAAAUUCAAAAUGAAUCUUCUCCCAGUCAAGUCUCCUGCAGAGAUUUAGUGAAAGGGCCAAAUUUGCAAGCACAACCUAUUGACUUCCUAAAGGCAGAAACAACACAAAUGAAAGAAAGAGACCCUGAAUGUACAGAACUGAUAGCACUGCAUAGUCUAUCUUCACCGGCAAAAAAUCCAAUGGAACCUGGAAAGAUGUCUCCAGACAGAACAGAAGAAUUAGUUCUCUGCAAUGUAGAUGGAGUUCUGGGAGCUGAUAAACAUGUAUAUGGCAAUGCUAUAAACCAAGUCCUUUUUAAUCCAGAUUGUGAGGCAAGUACCGCACAGUGUGAUAAAGAUGUCUUUCAGAGUGAAACGGUCAACAAGGAAUCUAGACUGGUUGUCAAUAAUGAAGAAAGCUCUGUAAACAAGGAUAUUUCAGAUACCAACCAAGUUGAAGCUGCAUUGAAAAUUUCCCUAAAAAAUAAUCAUGUUACAUCACAGAAAGUCAGCCCCAGUGAAUCUGGGUUAGAUGGUGAACAAUGCAAAACAGAACAGUUCGAGUUGUUAAAAGUAAGAGAAUAUGAUGUUCUUCCAUUUAAGCAAACUUCCUCAAAAGUUCAAGAAGAAUGCAGUGAUACCAUGGGUGAAGUUGAUCUUAGUAGCUCAAUCCCACCAACUUCUUUCAGUAAUACACUAGGAGACUAUGUUGAUAGGUCAAAGGAAAACUCUAAUAUAAUGGCUGUGUCAGUGAAGUCUACAGCUAACCCUGGAGAAUCUUGUGAACAGAAAAAUUUCAGUGAAAUCCAAAUCAGACAACCUGAGCAGACUUUCACUAAACAAGUAGAAAGUGAUAAGAAUAUGAAAACCUGCCCUCUUGAAGUAAACACCGAAAAUAGCCAGACUUCACAGUCCGAAAAUAUGGGAAUAUCAAUUUGCAAGCACAAUACUGAAAAGAAAACAACUGAAGACUUACCCUUUUCCAGUAAAGAGAAUCAGAUAAAUGAUGAUCAGGUACAAGAAGCCGAGCAUAAUUCUUCCACGAGGAAUGAGAAUUCUCAAGUUAGUGAAUUUAAUGCAAGACUGAAUUCAUUGUUGAAUACAAGAGAGAAAAUAGAGUCAUUAAGUAACACAGUUCCAAAAAGCAAAUAUGUUGAAGGUCAGCUGGAAGAAUCCAAUUCAUUUCCCAUAAAACCAUCUGGAGAUGUAGUAAAUAGAAGUGGAAGGUCAGCCUUUGAUCUUUCAACUUCAGAUAAAAAAACUGAGAAAACUCCAGUAUACUUAAAUUUUUUAGACACCAGUCCUUGGUCAAAAGUAAAUCAAGACAAAAGUCAAACAGAGACCACUUCACCUUCCACCUUGGCUUUCUUACUGACAGAGAGGCCAAGAUGUCUAUCAGAAAGUAAAAGGAUUCUUUCAUUGUCGUACUGUGGAAGUCUAGGGAACAAUGCUGUCAUAAAGGAAAGCAGACUAGAUUCUACCAGCAUCAACAGGGUUGCUGACACUUUGAAUACCUCAAGUAUCCAUCGAGGCCCCAAGAGAAAUCCCAGUGAGGAGUGGAAUGCAAUUGCAAAGACUUUUUAUGAUUCUUCUUUUCCCACAGAACAUGCUGACAAAAAAUCAUCAAAAUUGCACAGCCUCUCUCAACUGACCUUAAGGACAGAGACUGUCACUUUGGCCCUCAGUUCUCUGGGUGAGGAAGAAAAUGGAAAAGAGGAGAAUGACUCAAAUGAUCGUACAAAUGAAACUCAAAGGCUUCCAAUUUCAGAAAAUCCCUAUCAACCUAGAAAAAGAAAAUCUGAAGAAAUGCUGGAAAAAGCAGUUGAAGAUUAAGCAGAAUGCUAAAUAUCUCAAUAUAUCUUUCAUUUUGAGAAAUUUACUGAAAAACUGCUGCAGUUUGGACACUCUGUAACUAUAGCAUAUUUUCAAAGUUGCCCUGAUCCUUGUUUUCAUUGUUUUGUAGAGUAGUUUUGAAUUAAGGCAUCUUUUUUUUUCCAAUACAAAAGUUAGGUAGCCUAUUGCCAGGAGCCCUUUUCUUCAAAAAUUCACUUCUUAGGAUUGAGAAAUAAGUUUCUAUUCCUUUUGGACUCUAUAAAUCUUUUCUGCUCACCUAACACCUUGAGGUUUCUUCAAAAAUUAGAGUCUAUAAGAAAAAUCCACUGCAUAUCCACAAUUGCCAUAUUGUCAACAUCAAAAUGUGUAUGAUUAAAUUUUUUCCCCCUGA